AGCGCUUCAAUGAAGCCACGCACGGUUAACCGCACAUGUGUACCCAGUCGAGCAUCUAGCGGUCCCCAGCGGUCUCCGUCAUAAGUUAUAAAGGAAUUUCAAAGGCCACACACAUGCACACCGCACUGGAAAUCGCACUUUCUCACCUUCUUCAUUGUUACCGUUGAAUAUGAACAUUCGCUCCGCGGCACCAAAUGAAAAGCGGAAAGGGCGAGAUGAGAUCCCCAUUCACAAAGACGGUUCUCCUUUUCUAGGUUAUUUUUCUCGUUUUCCAAAUAGAAAAGUAGAAAUAGGCCGGAGGCGUAGAAGGAAGCCACGGUGCGGAUCGUCAUCUGCAAGAACCUUGGUUUUUGGAUUCUUUGCACUUCAGUCAAUUUGAUCCAGCCUCAAACUUUUCAGGACUACCCCUGAUCUGACAUGGGUUACAUGAAUAACGGUUUUGAUGAAAGUCAGCAGAGUGAUUAUGGUGCAGUGCUACGCAAUGGAAGAGAAAUACUUUUGCAGGGAUUCAACUGGGAGUCCCAUAAACAUGAUUGGUGGAGAAAUUUAGAAAAGAAGGUUCCUGAUGUUGCAAAAUCUGGGUUUACAUCAGUAUGGUUGCCACCAGCAUCUCAGUCUUUCUCACCAGAAGGUUACCUUCCUCAGAACCUUUAUUCCCUUAAUUCUUCAUAUGGUUCUGAGCACCUAUUAAAAAAUCUACUUCAAAAAUUGAACCAGCACAAAGUUAGAGCAAUGGCUGACAUAGUUAUCAAUCAUCGUGUUGGUACUACCCAAGGACAUGGUGGAAUGUACAACCGUUAUGAUGGAAUACCAUUAUCAUGGAAUGAACAUGCUGUUACAUCUUGUACUGGGGGACUGGGUAAUCGAAGCAGUGGCGCCAACUUCCAUGGGGUUCCAAAUAUUGAUCAUACCCAAAAUUUUGUUCGAAAUGACCUUAUAGGUUGGCUAAAGUGGCUACGUGGUGUUGGCUUUCAAGAUUUUCGUUUUGAUUUUGCAAGAGGUUAUUCGGCAAAAUAUGUGAAGGAGUAUAUUGAGGGCGCAAGACCAAUAUUUUCUGUUGGGGAGUACUGGGAUCCUUGCAACUACAAUAAUAAUGGGUUGGACUACAACCAAGAUAGUCAUAGACAACGGAUUGUCAAUUGGAUUGAUGGCACAGGACAACUUUCAGCUGCAUUUGACUUCACAACAAAGGGAAUCCUUCAGGAGGCGGUAAAGGGACAGUUCUGGCGUCUGCGUGACCGACAAGGAAAACCACCAGGUGUGAUGGGUUGGUGGCCUUCAAGGGCUGUCACAUUCAUAGAUAACCAUGAUACAGGCUCAACACAGGCUCAUUGGCCUUUCCCUAUGAAUCAUCUCAUGGAGGGCUAUGCAUAUAUACUCACACAUCCUGGUAUACCAACAGUUUUCUAUGACCAUUUCUAUGACUGGGCUGGCUCCAUUCACAAUGAAAUUGCAAAGCUGAUUGCUGUUAGGAAGGAGCAGGACAUUCACAGUCGAUCAUCUAUCAAGAUCUUGGAGGCCCAGCCCAAUCUCUACUCUGCUAUCAUUGGAGACAAAGUAUGCAUGAAGAUUGGGGAUGGCUCGUGGUGCCCAGGAGGCAGGGAGUGGACCCUUGCAACCAGUGGCCAAAGAUACGCCGUAUGGAAAAAGUAACUCAACCUACAGUUUCUACUAUCAGUCUUUUAUGAAUAAAGCUUCUAAUAUCCAAUUCUGUGUUGGAGAUCAUUGUACUAGUCUUCUAUGUUUGAGACCCACAUUUAAAUUAGUAUCAAAUCAAAGGGCAAAAGCUUGUUUCAGCUUAA